AUGUCUGUGGAGUUUGCUGUGCUGUUUCACCUGAGCCCAUCAGACAGGAACCGAGGAGAGAGGGUGGAGGUGGCACGCCAUGCUGCGAGGAACCUGCAGCUGAGUGACGAGACCACCCAGAGCUUAGAGGCAUCCUGGGAGCUGGAAGACCCCCUUGUGAAAAGCUACAGAGUCUCCUAUGCUGACCUCAGGGGCGACCACGAAGAAGAGUUUGUGAUGCCCCUCCUGUCUCCUGGAAACCUGCGUGUGUCAGAGGAGUGGUACAACCGCUUCAGAGUCACCUGGGAUCCCCCUCAGUCUCCUACAACAGGGUACAGGAUCGUCUACCAGCCUAUAUAUGUUCCAGGACCAGUUUUGGAGACAGUUGUGGGGGAAGAUGUGAACUCCAAGAUGCUUCUGAAUCUACUUAGUGGGACGGAGUACAGCGUUCAAGUGACGGCUUCCUACCCUACGGGACAAAGUGAACCUCUGCUAGUGAACUCCAAGACAUUAUUCCUGGGUGUCUCUGGCUUGUCGACCUACCAGAUACGUCCCAUCAGCCUGUGUGUCCAGUGGCAGCCUCUUCUACAGGCCACGUUAUACAGAGUCUCCAUUCAGUCUACACUCAACGGUCAGAGGCAGGAAGUGAGCCUGGGAGCUGGUUCUUCCCGACAGUGCUUCUACGACCUCACCCCCGGGAGCCAGUACCAGAUCAGCGUUCAUACCCAGAUGCAGGAAAUGGAGGGACCUGCUGUCUCCAUCACUGACAUGACGUGUCCAGAACUCAACUGUCGAAGGAAGGAAGAGGAUUAUAAAAGUUUCAGCUGA